AUGGUAUAUACAAGGGUUGGUGUUUGGAUACCUCAGUGCCCCCCAAAGAACUGGGAGCUAGGUCGUGGUCUGGAGAUGGGAGACGGCCAUCAGGAGCGCUCCAUGCAUCUUGCGGCUCACUCGAUCGAGCUUGCUCUUGACUCGAUCGAGUUGUGCCUCGAGUUGCCACUCUUCUUCCUAAAACCUGCUCCUAGGAGUGAUGAUCUCCUCUGUGGGGGUCAUUCCUAG